GCUACUUCUUACCGUCAAACAUUCAGGAUUAGACAAGUAAUUUUCACAAAAGGCGUAUUUAAUUUAACUUUUUCGGAAGUAUUACUGUGGACUAUUUACAAAAAUGUUAGCUUUGAUCAAUCGUAUCCUUGAUUGGAUUAAAAGCUUGUUUUGGAAGGAGGAGAUGGAACUUACCUUGGUCGGCCUACAAUAUUCGGGGAAAACAACUUUUGUUAACGUCAUUGCCUCCGGUCAAUUCAGUGAGGACAUGAUACCAACCGUCGGCUUCAACAUGAGAAAAAUAACCAAAGGAAAUGUUACUAUUAAAGUGUGGGACAUCGGUGGCCAACCACGUUUCCGUUCCAUGUGGGAGAGGUAUUGUAGAGGUGUGAACGCUAUUGUUUACAUGGUUGAUGCCGCUGAUCCCGAGAAGAUUGAGGCCUCCCGUAACGAGCUCCACAAUCUGUUGGAGAAGCAACAACUGACUGGUAUACCGGUUCUGGUGUUGGGGAACAAACGGGACCUACCGCACGCUCUCGACGAACACGGGCUCAUUGAACGGAUGAAUUUGUCAGCCAUUCAAGACCGUGAAAUCUGCUGCUACUCCAUAUCCUGCAAAGAGAAAGACAAUAUCGAUAUAACCCUUCAAUGGCUGAUAUCGCACAGUAAGUCGGGCUCCUCGCACUAAUAGGGCUCCAGCACCGGCCCCAACAGUAACAUGCCGCGUGCACUCCGAACAACGGCCCUAAACCGCCAGUUGAUACUGUAAAUUAUUUUCUACUACAUGUUAAACUUUAAAAAUUUCAAUAGCAUAGUGUUUUGCAUCGUAUCGGAUAUCUUUCCUAGCUAUAUAGGCUAUAACUAGUAGCUAGAGCUCGCUGCAUAGAUAAUACAGCAUUUAAACAGCAUGUCGUCCGCGGUGUCGACUCGUUCACUAAGAGUGCGCGUUCCGUGACCCCGUACACUGAUCGAAGCGAAUUGCACUUUCAAUGGAAUUGUUCUAACGAUUUCAUGCCACGAUACGUCACUGCUGCACUGGUGUGUGUCUUCGCAUUGAAUUACACUUCAACUUCAACCGUCAUGUAAAUAGUACGCUCAAAUAACAUUAUUUAUGCGCAAAAUAUAAAUGUCGAAUUAAAAAUGGCGACUUUAUUGUCUAUAGUGUCUGAAUUGUAAUUCGAUGAGGAAGUAAUCUACUGUAUUUAGUUACGUUCGUUUGAUCUAGCUCGAGUCGGUGAACGAUGUGUGGCGUGUUUUGCUUCCACGAAUGACUUGUUAGUGCCAAGUGUGUUUAUCGCUUUAUUAUAAUUAUUUUUUAUGAAUGCAAAAUAUUGCCACAACAAAAAUCCGAUGUAUAGCGACUGAUAGAUUAUAUAAAGUAUUCAAAAUGGUAACACCAUAUUUCGGUCUGUUAAGGAAAGUAUACUGACAAAUCAGUUUAUCUAUCAAUAAAUGGCUCUCAAUGUUAAAUUUAUAAUAAUUUGUUAUGAAAAUUGUGUUACCAUUAAAAAUAUAUCGUGUAUGUAUGCAUCUACCGGUUGCAAUGUCAGGGACAUAUAUAUAUACUAUAGUGUGUCUAGAUUUUUAAUUGUUAGCAUAUAUACAUAAUAAAUAUACUUAUCUCAUAUUGUUAGUUAAAAUAUAAGUUAUAAUAUAUAGCGUGAGUAUAAUUUCGCUCUAUAUUAGUUGUACAUAAACUUGAAGAAAAUUUUAAAAAAAAUUAUUUAAUCACAUUAAAGAUACAUUUUGUUUAUUUUUUUGUUAUUUUUUUUUUUUGCUAUAUUUCAUUAUAUCUUUCCUAAAUCUUGUCUUGUUUUUUUUUUAUUAUACGUCAGUGUCAACUGUCAUUUAAUACGAUUAGAAUGAUCCGAAUAAACGGUGAGGUUAAAUUUUUCACGUUCUGUACAUAAACUACAAAGACAUUAGAAUGUAAUAUAUGUUGUUCUGGUUGAUGAUUUUUUUUUAUACAAAUUGAUAAAUUGGCAAUGGAUUUAAUACAUAAAGGAAACCGUAAUAAUUAAAUUAACUAUUUAAACAUUGUUCGUUUCAUUUACAACACUAGAAGAUGACAAUGUAUUAAUUAUUAUUUCUAUGAUCUGAUUAAGUAUAUUUUGUAAUCUUCCGAUCAAUUUAACAUGUCUGAUUAAGUUAUUUUUUUUUUAAAUAUUAACCUAAGCUUUUAACUUGGCGUUUUGAAUUAGUUGUCUGAAUGACAGUUAAAAUUAACUGACAUUUGCAUCUAUAUUGCAAAAAAAUAUAUAAUACAAGUACGCGUUUGACGGCUUCAGCAAGAGAAUUAACUUAAAACUAAAAUGUAACGUUUUAUUAAAGCUGAUAAAAUCGAUAAAUACAUCUAUAUUACCAAAAUGUCAUUUUGGGCAACUUAUUGAAUGACACUGAAGAAAGUUAAGGCUGUGUAUUGAUUAAUGUGUAUGUUUAUAUAUUUGCACCAAGACGUCAAAAGUGGCGCGUUAACACAAAUUAUCAUAGAAUGAAUAGUGGGUUCAGACUUAUCUUGGUAAUAUAGAAAAGAUAGAAAUCUUUCAACAUUUUAAAGCAGCUCACUGUUAAAUAAAUACUUUUUGUUUAGCGCAAUCGUAAUUGUUAAAAACUUUAAUUGUAAUUGUGAAUGGUAUUUCAAGCCAUAUCAUAUCGGUGACCGAUUGAUGUGUAUGUCGUUUCUUUGUGUUGAUGUCGAUCGGCAUAGUUUUGAGGAAAUAUUAAAUUAUGUUCUAGUA